AUGGAUACGGAUUUGUAUGAUGAAUUUGGCAAUUAUGUAGGACCUGAAUUGGAUUCGGAUGAUGAGGAAGAAGAAGAUACUCUUGCUUCGGGCAUUCAAAAAUUGGAUGGUGAUGGAAAGGAGGAAGAGGAGGAUGAUGAGGCAAUGAAUGAAGAUGCCGAUCAAAUACCGUCGAAUCAGAUCGUAUUGCACGAAGAUAAGAAAUAUUAUGCGACAGCGGUAGAAAUUUAUGGAGAGGACGUUGAAACAAUUGUGCAAGAAGAAGAUGCCCAACCCUUAACGGAACCAAUCAUAAAACCUGUAAAACAAAGGAAAUUUCAAGCACUCGAGCAUGCUUUACCGGAAACAACAUACAGUAAGGAGUAUCUUGCUGAUCUGAUGGACUGUCCUCAUGUUAUGCGGAACAUUGCAAUUGUUGGUCAUCUCCAUCACGGAAAAACUACUUUCAUAGACUGUUUAAUGGAACAGACACAUCCAGAAUUUGUUCGUGGUGAAGAUUCAGAUACUCGUUAUACGGACACUUUAUUCAUUGAGCAGCAACGCGGUUGCAGUAUUAAAGCUACACCAAUUACUAUUGUCAUGCAAGAUUCACGUCAAAAAAGCUUCCUGUUGAAUAUAAUCGAUACACCAGGGCAUGUCAAUUUUUCGGAUGAAGUAACGGCAGCAUAUCGUUUAAGUGACGGUGCAGUAGUUGUCGUAGAUGCACAUGAGGGAGUUAUGUUACAAACUGAAAGAGCAAUUCGGCACGCUGUGCAAGAGCGCUUACCGGUUACUGUCUGCAUAAACAAAAUUGAUCGGUUGAUAUUAGAGCUGAAAUUGCCUCCCACAGAUGCUUAUUAUAAACUUCGUUUUGUUCUGGACCAAAUCAAUAGUUUACUUCAAACUUUCAGCGAUGAGAAUGAAGCAGUGAAGAUUUCACCUUUGCUUAACAACGUGGUUUUCUCUAGUUCUAGAUACAACAUAUGCUUUUCGUUAAGAAGUUUCGCUGAACUUUAUUCCAAUAAUUAUGGAACAUUUAGUGGAGAGGAAUUUGCAAGACGCUUGUGGGGAGAUCAGUAUUUUGACAAAAAAACCCGGAAAUUUGUGAAAAAACCGCCACAUCAAGGGGCUUCACGAUCGUUUGUAGAAUUUGUUCUUGAGCCGCUUUAUAAAAUAUUUUCUCAGGUUGUUGGUGAUGUGGAUACAUGCCUACCAUCAAUGAUGGCUGAACUGAAUAUCAAAUUAACCAAAGAAGAGCAACGAAUGAAUGUACGACCACUAAUUGCCCUGAUUUGUCGUCGUUUCUUCGGCGAUUUUAACUCCUUUGUCGACCUCGUUACGCAAAAUAUCAAAUCACCAUCAGAUAAUGCAAACACGAAAGUGGAACAUACUUAUUUAGGACCGAUGGACAGCAAGUUGGCUCAGGCACUCAUGAAAUGUGAUGCUUAUGGUCCUCUUAUGGUCCAUACUACAAAGAAUUAUGCAACAACUGAUGCUACAUCAUUCCACGUUUUUGGUCGAAUUAUCAGUGGAACAUUACAUGCUGGACAAGACGUUCGAAUUCUUGGUGAAAAUUAUAGUAUUCAAGAUGAAGAAGACUGUAGGAUUAUGACUGUGGGUCGCUUAUGGAUAAGCGUUGCGAGGUAUUCAAUGGAAGUAUCUCGUGUUCCAGCUGGAAAUUGGGUAUUGAUUGAAGGGAUCGAUCAACCAAUUGUGAAAACGUCAACUAUAAUACAAGUUGAAUAUGACGAAGAUGUUUACAUAUUCCGACCUUUGAAAUUUAACACGAAGUCAGUUGUCAAACUCGCAGUGGAACCCAUUAAUCCUUCAGAGCUUCCAAAAAUGCUCGACGGUUUGCGUAAAGUGAACAAAUCAUAUCCAUUACUAACAACUCGUGUUGAAGAGUCUGGAGAACAUGUUAUGCUGGGUACGGGAGAGCUUUAUAUGGACUGCGUAAUGCAUGAUAUGCGGAAGGUGUUUUCGGAAAUUGAUAUAAAAGUGGCUGAUCCUGUUGUCUCGUUCUGUGAAACCGUUGUUGAAACAUCAUCACUGAAAUGCUUUGCCGAAACGCCUAAUAAAAAAAAUAAAUUAACAAUGAUAGCCGAGCCAUUGGAGAAAGGUCUUGCGGAGGACAUCGAAAACGAAGUAGUCCAAAUUGGAUGGAAUAGAAAACGUCUCGGUGAAUUUUUCCAGACGAAGUAUGAUUGGGAUUUGUUAGCAGCACGAAGCAUUUGGGCUUUUGGUCCAGACACAACUGGACCAAACGUACUUCUCGAUGAUACUUUGCCAUCAGAAGUUGAUAAACAGCUGUUGGGGACAGUUCGUGAAUCACUUGUGCAAGGUUUUCAAUGGGCUACACGUGAGGGACCACUUUGUGAAGAACCAAUACGUAAUGUCAAGUUCAAGAUGUUGGAUGCAGUGAUUGCAAAUGAGCCAUUAUACCGUGGCGGUGGUCAGAUCAUUCCAACAGCUCGUCGAUGCGCUUACUCCGCUUUUCUGAUGGCUACUCCUCGUUUAAUGGAACCAUAUUAUUUUGUGGAAGUAACAGCACCAGCAGAUUGUGUUAGUUCGGUGUAUACAGUAUUGGCAAAACGACGUGGUCACGUGACUACUGAUGCACCUAUUCCUGGAUCACCACUUUAUACAAUCAAAGCUUACAUACCUGUCAUCGAUUCAUUUGGUUUCGAAACUGAUUUGAGAACUCAUACUCAAGGACAGGCAUUUUGUUUAGCUGUUUUCAGUCACUGGCAGAUAGUACCAGGCGAUCCAUUAGAUAAAAGUAUCGUGAUAAGGCCUCUGGAACUCCAGCCUGCACCCCAUUUAGCUCGUGAAUUCAUGAUAAAGACCAGGCGUCGAAAAGGUCUUAGCGAAGAUGUUUCGGUGAACAAAUUCUUUGAUGAUCCUAUGCUUUUGGAAUUGGCGAAACAACAGGAUGUUUUCAGCUAUACCAACUUUUAA